AUGAGUUCAUCAAGCAAUACGACUGGGAGUAAUUCAUCAGCAUCGUCCAGAAACACAUCUCGAUUAAGUGCAACUUCAUCCGAACGAGUAUCUAUGGCUUUUAUCAAACGAGCUCUUACACCAACAGCAAGCUGGACUCAUAAGGAAGAAUUCCUUGAUGCUGUUUAUUGGCUUCGCCAAGUGUUAAGUAUUAUCAUUGGUGUUAUACUAGGUGCAUUGUCCAUCAAAGGUCUAUUGGGCAUGAUCAUAUUUGCUGCUAUUAGUUCGUUGAUUGUUUUUAUUUAUGCUUCAAAUGUGCAAAAUGUUGAUCCAGAAGAAUAUGGUGGAAUGAUUGAAAUAAUAAAAGAAGGUUUUAUGACUGCUUUAGCAACGUUUCUUGUUUCUUGGAUUGUACUCUAUUCAGCAUUUAACGAGCCGAAGUCAACUAUACCUACCAUAUAG